AUGGACUCGCCCCAUCCGCCGCAUGUGAUUGGCCACUAUGUCCGGUUUGGAUGGUCCGAGAGCAUCAAGGCGGUCGCGCUCAUCCCGCGCUUCGAGCUCAGCACGGCGAAGGCGCGGGAGGUGUCGCCACUGAGCUAUUCGCGCAAGGACCUGGUAUUCAAUUUGCAGCGGCUAGCCGUACUGACCACCGCCCUGGGGCAAUCACCUCCCGACCCCGACCUCAUCUACGAGGCGAUGAAGGACAAAAUCCAUCAGCCGUGCCGAAAAGCUUUAAUUCCCGGUCUUCCAGAAGUCAUUUCGAGCAUUACACCCUUGACUCAUCCCGGUCUGCUCGGCAUCUGUCUUUCUGGUGCAGGUCCCACCAUUCUUGCAACAGGCGGGUUCGAGGCAAUAGCCGAAGAUGCGCGUGCAAUCUUUAAACGUCAAGGGAUAGAAGUAGACUGGAAGUUCUAUGAGUGCUCCGCUCGCCACUCCUCCCAAAUCAUAUGUCAUUAG